AAAGUUGAAAAUAUAUGGCACUUUUUACCUACCCCUCCUUCAAAAACUUUUGACAUCUACCCUUUGAUAUGUAAAUUCAUUUUUCCCCAGACUCAACCCUGCGUAGCCCUCCAUCGGAAAAUUGUUUACCAACGGCACAGUGAGAAACCUUUUCGGCAGCACAAGAUCCGAAUAGACCCUUUUAAAUCGCACUGAAGAAUUUGCGAUCAGUGUCUAGAUCUAUAAUGGGUCAAAAGAGACGCCGAAUCCAGAGAUAAUAAGCGGAGGUGUUUCAAGCAACAAGCGGCAUGUACUCGUUUGUAGGGGUUGCGCUGGUCUGUUGUCUCUUGUUUGGUUCGGUCCUUCACGCUCGGGGAUCAUGUCCAGUUGGCUGUGUAUGUGUCACAAGCAAAGGCGGUUCUAAGAUCACCGCGGAUUGUAGAAACCGAGGAUUCAAGGAGAUUAUGAAUAGCGAUUCACUCGUUAAUGUGACCAAAUUAGAUCUAUCCAACAACGACAUAACCGCGAUCAACAAUAAGGCUUUUGCCGGAAGAAAAACGCUAAAAGAAUUAUACUUAUCAAGAAACAAAAUUGCAAACAUUGAUCCUGGGGCAUUCAAUGGACUGGAAGCUCUCAACAAACUAGACUUAAGCAAUAAUGAGUUGACUGUACUGUCAGGACAAGUUUUCAAGGGACUUAGAAGUUUAAAAAAUCUUAUACUUCAAGGUAAUAAGCUGAACUUCAUCAAUGCAACAGUGUUCCCAGCCUUAAGAAGACUACGAAGAUUGAAUUUAUCAAAUAACAAGUUCAUCUCUAUACCAGAUGGAACCUUCAAAGCACUCAAUGCAUUGAAACAACUUGACUUGGGCUCGAAUGACUUACUGUGUGACUGCCAAAUGCAAUGGCUCCUCAAGUACAAACAGAGAAGAAAACUAAGCCUGAAGGGCAAAUGCCAGUACCCAAAAAGUCUGCAGUACACCAAAGUAUCUUCGCUCAAGCCAAAACAACUUCAGACAUGUGGAAAACUGGAGUUACCCUUCGAAUUCAAACCCAAGAAUGGUCUGGUCGGUAUCUAUGGUGACAGCAUUUCGCUGACGUGCAUGACCACUUGGAUUCCUGGACUAAAAAUUAACUGGUACAAAAACACCGGUCUUCUCAUCCCUGGCACCGAAGGCGUUCCCUGGAAAAUCACCUUCGAUACAGACUUCGAUGAAAACCGUGUGACGAGUAAAUUAAGCAUCGCCAAGCUAAACAACACAGACUCUGGUCUUUACCAGUGCAAUGUCUCCACCAAGGUCAACUUCAUCCUCGGAGAGGCUAGGAUCAAGGCCCUCGCCGGAAAUUCUAGGUUCUGCCCUGCGGAAGUCACUAAGACUUCUAAAGGGCAUUUCUAUUGGGAUAAUACGGACGUGGGCGUGGUGGCGCGACUCGAGUGCCCCGCGGGACACGCGCGGGAAUCUUUGCGUUCGGAUGCCAUGGCAACGCGGGAGUGCUCGUAUGGGGGCUGGCUUGCCGUGAAAGCAUCGAACUGUGCAUAUGACGAUAGAAUAACGCAGAGUUUAUAUGAAUUAAAACAGUUUGGCGUGAACAGGACGACAGUAUUGGGUGUUAGCUCGGGUCUCCUGAAUAUCACUUCGUUCGCAGCGCGCUUCACCACGCCCCAAGAUGUCAUCUACACAGCGCAGAUACUCAAAGGACUCGUGGCACACGCUAAUAGCAAUGAACUAAUCGCCAAAACUGUUGUAAGGAUCGUCAGUAAUACAAUGAACGCCAAAAGAGAACUCCUGGCCGCCGCGCAGUGGAAAGACAGGUCUUGCUCGAGCAUGAUUCUGACUGUAGAAGCCAUCAAUAAUUUUGAUGCGUCUUCCCUGCUCCAACUCACCACUACAAACAUCGGUGUCGCCAGCGUGCACGUCUUCCCAGCGGCGUUCCAAGGCAAGACAUGCGCAACGUUUUUUGACGAGAAGAGUAACGUCAAGUCUACGCUGUGUAGCCUCCCCUGGAGAAAUGUUACCGUGGGGACAUCACGGCCAUUAGAAGCAUCUGUUCAUCUUCCGCCGUACAUGUUCGGCAAACGAUCGACGACUCCGAUUGAUCGCCGAAAGCUUACGUUCACAGUGUACCGAAACAGUAACCUGUUUCCGAUCAUGCGUAAUGGUACGCUGGUAGAUGACCGGAGGCGAGUUGUGUCGAGUGUUGUUUGCCUGCGGAUCGCUACGGACGGACUUCCUGCACAAUUUGAAUUGCGAUAUGCAAAUAUCACCUCGCCGAUGGCGGUCAAGUUCCGGAAGCAUGAGGCAAUCCAUGAGCAGGCUUUCAUUGCCUACUGGGAUAUCAGCGCACAAGGGGGGCACGGAUUGUGGUUGAACCACACGGACUGUCGAUUACAAAUACAAGACAAAUUCACAAUCGCUCGCUGCACUAAAAUGAGGGAAAAUAUCUGCUUUGCCGUCGUGGAGGCUAUUGACCGAGCUGAGGCUUCCAGUUCGCGUAAAGGGAUGGAUGACUUUGUCCUGGAGCCGAUCGUGUUUAUCGGCGCCGCGGUGUGUGUGUUCCUGCUGCUGAUGACACUCUUCACAUACAUCGUGUUCAAGCAGCUGCGCUACAACCGUGACGACGCCGCCAUGCUGAUGAACGAGUGCCUAGCGCUCCUUGUGGUCGUCGUAAUAUUUGUUGUCGGCAUAAACAGGGACACGAAUCCGCUCAUGUGCCGUGCGAUAGGCGUCCUGCUCCAUUACUUCCUGCUCUGCUGCCUGUUCUGGGUAGGCUGUGGUGGAUUGUGUCUGUGUAGACUGGUCCGCACUACUCUGCAGCCAGAAGAGUUUAACCCGGUGCUUCGGUAUUACAUGAUCAGCUGGGGUAUACCCCUCAUAAUUUGUGGCAUCACUGUGGCAGGGAACCCUGAUAAUUACAGCGUGCACAACUAUUGCUGGCUUAAGCCAAACCCCUUCCUCGGUGCCUUCGUUGGUCCUGCCUGCCUGAUCAUCCUGAUUGACAUAUUCAUGUUCAUCCGACUUCACUUCAUCGUGAAAAGCGCCUACUCUCUGCAGCAGCUGCAGCAGCAGGAAGAAGGGGUCGAGAAUGUCGAGCCCGACGCCGCCACCGCAGAGGAUAGAGAGAAUCUCACCGAAGCCGUCGUCUCGAAUAGUGAACUGCUAGAACAUGUCCAUCUACUGCCCGAUAAAAAUGAGAUACAGGCCUAUCAGAAGGGCAGUUUAAUAGUGCUGCUUCUAAUCGUCAUUAACUUUACGCUUGGGUUCCUUAUCGUGCGGUUUAGGGAACCGGAUUACUUGAAUCUAGGCUUGAGUUGCGUGUUUGCCAUCACGAUUAUUUUCCUAGGAUUGAUCAUCUUCUUGUUUCAUUGUUAUAAGAAUCCCAAAGCUAGGAUGUUCUGGGCUCAGUGUUGUCAGAAAAAUGCGUGUUGGAGAAAGAAUAAGAAGUACACUGUUGAGCAGGAGGGAAAUGAAGACGAAGCAGUAGAUAAGUCGGACACUGCAAAGCUUAUGAACGGUACUGCUGGGAAACCGCACAAUGGCGACGUUGUGGUACCAAAGAUUCAUGGCGCGCCUAGUCUCACACAAGGCUCUGACAUCCACUCGAACGUAUCUUUACCCUCAUCUGCGGCAUUAACUAUCGACAGACCUGGCUUUUUGGUGGUAAAAUCCGAAGAGCAAACAGCGGACAGCCAUUGUAAAGAGAAUGCGACUGCUGACUGCCAUUCUUUGACUGCAGGCUCUGAUAAGCACUCUGUGACCGCUGGCUCCAUCACUGCAGCUUCAGUCGUCUCUGACAAGCAGUCAUGCGCCUCUGCGCCCUUACCCCUGAGUCACGCCUAUCCUAGGUUACGUGAGCACCCACCUGGCUUCCGGUACAGCUACCAUGUCCCAGAUCCCAUAGAGUUCAAGAGCGUCAAACCACCUAAGCGAAGGGGCCGACAACGUAAAGCACCUAUAGCGAUGCCUGAACGCAACGGAAUCACCAGCUCGCUUGAAUCAAGUCUACGAAAUAAAGCCUUGGAAAAUAAUAAGAGGGACAGGACGCCACCCAAAGUACAAAACAUUGAGCAUCAUAUUUACGCAGAAAUCCCUGAAAGCACUCAUUCGGAAUUCGCGCCGUCGGAAGUAGCAACUUCAGAGUUCGCGCCAUCAGAAUUAGCACCUUCUGAAUUGGCCCCAUCCGAGCUUGCACCGUCGGAGCUGUCAUCCACGCGUGAUAAUAGAUUUCUAGAGCCUCCUCUUGUGCCUUCCUGCGCUUCAUCUGAUGUGUCGGUGCCUGAUUUCAGCAACGAAACCAUUAAAAAUAGGUCGCCCUUGCAUGGUGCAUCGAAUGAAAAUGCCGUUAAACAACUGCCGCCUCACAUGCGGGGAAAAGUACCAAUUGAACGCUUUCCAUUAGCGAUGUUCGGGCCUGGUGGAGGUAACCCGGGUUACCCGUUUCGUCCAAGAUAUAUGAAUAUGAACAUGCCGUAUAGCCGGGUAUCUGAAGCUAAUACUCGGGGAGUUGAAUACCCGAGGUACACAAGUACUCCUUCUCAUCCGCGUAUACCAGGUCAACAGGGGGUUCAGCGGUACCCUGGGCCAUAUAACAAGGUUGUACGACCUAUCGACGGUAUAGUUAGUGAGCAAACUGUUGUCGAAACCCAGCAAAAAAUGGACUCUGAUGAGCCAUCUAACCCUCCGAAUGGUCACGUGAACGGGCUACAGCCUAGAACAGAACCAAAUACGGCACCAAAUGCGGGGUUUUCUAAUCGUCUUCCAGGGACAACUAAUGAACAGUUGCCGCGGCGUAGGCCACGUGACCGUUCGAGCUCCGAUCGACCUCGGAGUAGUAGACGUAACAGGGAAGGGGGGUCGCAGGGAAGGACUAAAGACCCCCCAGAGGGGGGCAUACGGGGAAAGCCGUCGUCACGAUUCGGUUCUAGGACUUCUCAGAGCUCCUGGCGAGACGAGAGACCAAAACCAGAACCAAAACCGUGGGUUCCUGAACCCGUAUCGCGUGUUAAUUAUGUCCCAAUACCUCACUUUAUUAGCGAGCUAACUCAAGGCCACGACCGUGUAGAGACUAGCGUAUGAACGAAAGUAGAAUUGGAGUUAGUUAUUACACAGGCUUUAUCGACAAAAUUAGCCGCAAUUAUCACCAUCUUCCAACGGCUUUUUCCCCGCUCCAAGUAUCAUCUAGCAUAACACAUUCUAUUGUAAUACAUUCAGCUAGACAUUCUUAUAAGGCACCGUAUGUGGAUGCUAUUUAACACGUUUUUAGUCAGGUAGUCUAGAUAGGCACGCUAUGUGGGUUUCGUCAGGUUCUGCGUGUUUCACAAUUGUUUUAGUUCUUCUUUGCUUUCUAUUCGAAAGGUCCACUCCGUUUUUAAGAGUAUGACCAAGGUCUGAUGGCUAGAAAAUCGCGCACAUAGCUUUUAUGGUUAUUAAAUAUAGCUGAAAUAUCUAUCAGCUUCUGUUGUCGAUGCCCUAUUACAGGAUCUAUUCCACAUUUACUCGAACUUCACUAGCAACAGGCGUAAGCGCGCAUCCUUUUUGCUUUUUUCGAAAACGAAACUCAAAAGGUUACCCUACCACUACCAUAACAAAACAAGAAUAUGAAGUAAAUCUUGUGUCUAUGCA